CAAACGCUUCACUUCACCUCCGCUGCGUGGUCCUUCACUUCACCGGCCCCGGCACAGACCGUACGGGCCGUGGUCGGCUCGCGUCGUCCGUGGCCCGCCAUGGUCUCGGACGUCGCGAUGAAGUUGAUCAGCGCGGCCAUGAUCUUCGCGGUCGCCCUCAUCGGUUCGGCGCUCAGUCGCAUCACCAGCAACCUGGCGCCCAAGGUGGUCCGAGUGAUCAAUGCUGGCGCGGGUGGUAUUUUGCUGGCCGUGACGCUGGUGCACAUGUUGAGUGACAACUCUGGGGAGUUGGACACCGCAGGCACGUCCAUCUUCAAGUUCUUCACAGGCACCGAGGACGGUUCCUUUCCUUUGGGCUUUGCUUUAUACGGCCUGGGCUUUCUGGCAAAUGUGAGUGUGGCCGUCUUCUGGCCAGAUAAAUCAGAGGAGUUCGAGGACCAGGAGCAUGGCUUUCUUUCGACUUGGGAAGAUGACAGCAGCUUUGAUUCGGGCAGCCCUGGGCCAGACACAAUGGAGGUGAGCCAUCAACAGUCUUGUGCCAGUGGCCUAUCUGCCUUGUUUGGCUUGUGUUUGCACUCGCUGGUGGCUGGAACUGCUGCCGGUGCUGCUGAAGGCAUGGGGUCCUUUGGUCCUACCGUUGUUGCGAUCUUGAUGCACAAGGGCUUCGCCGCCUUCUCCGUGGGAUCCUUGAUGAUGCCGAGUGUUACGACGAGGUGUUGGUGGCUGUCGAUGGUGACUUUGGCCCUGAUGGCUCCUGUGAGCAUCAUCCUGGGAAUGCAACUCAUGCAGGACUUCAGUGGUCCAAUCUCCGCUGGGUUGAUUUGCUUCGCAGCAGGGUGUUUACUUGCAAUCGCCACCUACGACAUGCUGAUGCCUGCUUUACUGUUGGGAAAGGUCACAUGGAGGAGGCGGAGUUUUAUGGUGGCGCUAUUAGGAUUUUGCAUCAUGUCCUUGUUAGCCAUUUGGUCCUAGAAGGAUGUGGUGCCAGAACGUAAGCAAAAAGAGACACAAGCAGGGAUGCAAGACGAGCUUUGGAUGUCCAUUGAACCAAUGGGUGGCUCCCUGUUUAACCCUGUUUGAGAGUCGUGGCCAGAUGAACUCUGGCCAGUACGUCCUGGUACCCGUCACGUCCUGGUACCCUUGGGCUGUCACGUCCUGGUACCCUCGCUCUCUCGAAGAGACUCUCGAAAGACUGGGGUGACCAUGAUCGAUCGUCGUUUGUUGCACGUUUGGACACGCGGUACGUUUGCAACCAGAAUCGAUACGAUUAUUACGAUUGUUUUGAUUUGUAAAAGGAUGCGCAGGGUAAACCAGUCCGUGAAGUUAUGUUGAAUUAUGUUGGUAUCUAACCAACCACCUCAG